CCGCCGCCGCCGCCACGUGUUCAUGUUUCAACCUAAUCACCUUCUUCCUUUUCUUCUGAUCCUAAUCAGCUGGUUAGGAUCAUCUUGUUGACCCCCUUUUCGAUUUUGUUUGAUUUUUUUUUACCUUCCGGUUUAUGGAAUGACGGAUUACAGGCUGCCCACCACCAUGAAUCUAUGGAAUACAGAUGAUAACGCCAUGAUGGAUGCUUUCAUGAGCUCUGAUAUGUCGUCGUUUUGGGGUAAUCCAACUACUGCUACUACUACGGCGGCGCCGUCUGCGGUUCCUCCGGCGUCGUCCUCCGCUUCCACUUCUACCAAUGAUCUUCAUAAGAUCAUCGGCGAAUCUCACUCGUUUAAUCAAGAUACUUUACAACAGCGACUUCAGGGGUUGAUUGAUAACGCUCGUGAAUCGUGGACUUAUGCCAUCUUCUGGCAAUCCUCCGCCGUUGAUUACACGAGUCCAUCGUUGUUAGGAUGGGGUGACGGGUACUACAAGGGGGAGAUGAACAAGCCGAAAACGACGCCGUCGGUUACUUCUUUUGCGGAGCAGGAACACCGGAAAAAGGUGCUCCGGGAGCUUAAUUCGUUGAUUUCUGGCUCAAAGAUGCCGGAGAACGAAGCCGUGGAUGAGGAAGUCACUGAUACGGAGUGGUUUUUUCUCAUCUCGAUGACUCAGUCGUUUGUUAACGGUAACGGAUUGCCAGGUCAGGCGAUGUUCAGUAAUCAACCGCUUUGGAUCGCCGGACGGGAACGGUUGUUGGCGGCGCACUGCGACCGUGCACGGCAAGGUGAAGGUUUCGGUUUGCAGACGAUCGUUUGUAUUCCAUCUACAAGCGGAGUUGUUGAAUUAGGUUCAACAGAGUUGAUUUUUCAGAGUUCAGAUCUCAUGAAUGAGGUUCGAGUUCUGUUUAAUUUCAAUAACAGCACUCCAGAUUUGACGGCGAUGAACGAGGAUCAGGCGGCCGGAGGGGAUAACGAUCCAUCGUCGUUGUGGCUUACAGAUCCGGUAUCUUCUUCAGCCGCUACCGCCGCCACCGUCACCACCGUAGAAAUGAAAGAUUCCGAUGAUAUAAUAGCAACUGUCAUCCCAUCAAACAAUUCACUUCCAAAACAAAUCUCCAUCGACAACCCUAGCUCCAGCUCGUUAACAGAAAACCCUAGCUCUGCAAUUCACGUUUCCAAUCGUCAACCUCUCCAAAAUCAAGGAUUAUUCGGUAGCAGGGAAUUGAUAUUCUCAGAAUUCGGAUCGUACGACGGAACCACCGGAGGCAGAAACGGAAAUUCUUCAAAUUCCUGUAAACCGGAAUCCGUUGAACUUCUGAACUUUGGUGAGAGCAAAAAGAAUUCCGGUCAAUCUCCGUUCAUCGGAGGAGACGAUAACGGCAACAAGAAGAAGAGGUCUCCUGCGUUACGGGGAAUCAACGAAGAAGGUAUGCUUUCAUUCAGCUCCGGUAUGCUUCUUCCCACAUCGGAGACUGUAAAAUCCGGCGGAGGCCUAAUCACCGGAGCAGAUUUCGACCAUUCCGACCUAGAACCAUCCAUGGGACGAGAAGCCGAGAGCCGCCUAGUGGUGGAACCGGAGAAAAAACCACGAAAACGAGGCAGAAAACCGGCGAACGGCCGAGAAGAACCAUUGAAUCAUGUGGAAGCCGAAAGACAAAGAAGGGAGAAACUAAACCAGAAAUUCUACGCCCUUCGAGCCGUCGUCCCCAACGUUUCAAAAAUGGAUAAAGCUUCCCUCCUUGGAGACGCCAUUUCUUACAUCAAUGAACUCAAAUCGAAGCUUCAAAUCAGCGAAACAGAUAAAGAAGAACUCAAAAACCAACUAGAUGUCACCAAGAAGGAACUUUUAACCAAAGACUCUCGACAGUCAUCUUCCUCCACCGUUUCACCACCGGAAGACCUCAAAACAGCCACCACAAACCACCCAAAAAUGGCGGAUUUGGACAUCGACGUCAAAAUAAUCGGGUGGGACGCCAUGAUUAGAAUCCAAUGUAGCAAGAAAAACCAUCCUGCUGCAAGAUUAAUGGCGGCAUUAAAAGAACUGGAUCUGGACGUCCACCAUGCGAGUGUAUCUGUGGUUAACGAAUUAAUGAUGCAACAAGCAACAGUGAAAAUGGGGAGUCGAUUUUACACGCAAGAUCAGCUUCGAUUAGCGUUAACGAAGAGGGUUUCAGAUCCUAAUCUUAGGUAAGCUGUUGAUUCCUGUACCCUGGUUAAUUUUUUUUUCCUGAAGCUACCAAACCAAGAUGAACAAUGAAGGAAGGAAGGAUUUUGGUGUAAAAUAGUAAUAUUUAACAAGUAUUAUCAUCAUGGAACUACUUGUUUUACUAGUCUUGUUCUUUGUUGUUGGUUGUAUAUAUCUUGAUGAGGGUUAAUUUUGCCCUCUUUUCUUCUAUCUCAAAACAUUUUACUA